GGGCGGCCGGGCAGGUGACCUUGGCGCGCGGGCGCCGGGAGACGGCAGUAGUGCCCGUCCAGCCGCCCGGACCGGCCAGCAUGGGGGCGAUGGUUGUACUGUGGGCCGUGCUGCUGGCGACCACCACCGCCGCCGAUGCCUCGUCACGCCGCGGCGUCGCCAGAGGACCGAGCAACCCGUGCCAGUUCCACGAGUGCCCGCGAGGCGAGCAGUGCGUGGUGCACGACGUGGUCUGCGAGGCAGGCCCGUGCCCACGCAUCGGAGAGUGCCGCCCCAUCGACUGCCCUCUGCCGUGUCCGGCCGGCGCCGAGUGUCGGAUGGAGGUGGUGCCUUGCGUGCGCGAGCCGUGCCCGCUGCAGCCGCGCUGCCGGCGGGCGCCCGACGCCUGCCGCGGCCGCUGCCUGCCCGACGAACUCUGCAUGAGCCACGUGCAGCCGUGCCGGACGCCGCCGUGCCGCGAGCAGCACGUGUGCGUGCCCAGCCACCAGCUGGUAACGGCGCGCCGGCAGCCGGCGGCGCGGGCCGUGCGGGACGCCUGCCCGGCUGACGCCAACCCAUGCCGGCCGGCCUCCGCCUGUAUGAUGACCACCGUGUGCCGCCAGAAGCGCGAGUGCAUCACCAUACCGGUCUGCGUGGACGACUGCUCUGUGACGUGGUGCGGCCAGGGCCACGUCUGCCGCAUGCUAGAGGCGCUGUGCGAGCACGGGCCGUGCCCGCUGAAGCCGACCUGCGUGUCCAGCGAGCCAACCGCAGCGCCGCAGCCGGAGCCGGUACUGGGGCUCGGUCUGCAGCUGGGCCAGCGGUUCGGUAGCGCCGGCAACCGUGACGUCUGUCCACUGGACGACCUACGCAAACUGUCGAGCCCAGCCUUCUGCUCGGACCGGCUGGACCAGUGUCAGCAGCACUCGGAUUGUGGUGACAAGCGGCACUGUUGCCAGCGUGGCUGCGGUAACACCUGCCUGCCGACGUGCCGGCGCGGCUGUGCCGCUGGCGAGGAGUGCCGCCUGGUCGAGGUGCGCUGCAUCGGCUCCCCUUGCCCCAAGGUAGCGCAGUGUCUGGCGGCCGAGCCGGAGGAGUCGGAGGAUACCGUCCUGCCGCCGCUCCGACCGAACGAGGCUAACCGCGAGAGAUUCCCGCCCAGGCCCCCGCCCAAGAAUCAGCAGCAGCUCCCGGAAGAUAAAGUCUCUCGCCCGCCCUUCGGCGACGCCGGUCGUCCCACUACCAGCGUUUCCGUCGCUGGUGCCGGCGACGCUGCAGCCAACGCUCGUCCCGGUGGAGCGUCACGUCCCGGCAGCUUCGGCGGCGGCGGCGGCGGUGUCGGCGGCGGUGCCCGUCCCCCGGCGCGCGCCGGUUCCUGUCCCGUCAACGACCCGCAGGUGCAGUCGGCCAUCUGCUUCGACAACGGCUCGGUCGACCAGUGCCGCGAGGACAGCGACUGCCCGAGCUCGACGCGGUGCUGCCUGCACGGCUGCCAGCGCCAGUGCCGCCCCGUGUGUCCCAAGGGCUGCCGGCCCGACCGCGAGUGUAAGCUGCUGCCGGGCCGGCCCGACACGCCGGUCUGCUGGCCCAUCCCGCACUGACCGGGCUCCGCGACCGGCGCCGGCCGGCUGGCCCCGUCACUCGCGCCAGCGCCGACGGGCCGCCGCUCUCCUCCGUGACGUGGCACGCGCGAUUGGUGCCUCCCCCCCGCCCCAAACACACGACCACGUGACAUACGCGACUAGCGCCUCCCCACCCACACGACUAUGGCAUUUGCGCAGCUGGUCCCCCCGACGGGGCGCGCCAGAGUGCAGGCACGUCAGGCCUGUCCUACGCGGGUCUAGCUGACCGUGACGGGCACCUGCGACCGCCAUAUCUCUUCUAACCUAGACAGAGCGUUCACGUUACGGCGGUCGUCUGUAGGCCGUUCUAGACGGGAUAGUCCCUUCCGACGGUGACGGACCAUGGAAGGGGUCGGGUAAAUUUGUUCCGAACUCAGAACGGUGUCGGGCAGCGAGCUGCUCGCCUUUGUCCUUUGUUGACAUAGUGAGUGAGGAGCCACUCUGUACCAUGUGUCUGUAUUACAUGUUGCCAUAAUAUAGUUAUGCCGACAGA